AUGAAAAUUGUGGCUCGUCCACAGAACGCGGCUUCUUAUCUUCAUUACAACGGAAUUAAGUUUGUCUGCAGAAUCAAUGCGAAACUCCUAUCACACUCACUGACAACUAUGGGAUUGUGUGUUUAAAUAUAUUUGCGGGAGCAGAACAAAGUUCAAACAGACUCAUCAAGUUUAUUCAAACUGUUUAGGACAUCAUUACGUAAUCAUUCACUUAGGUUUGCCACUGCCAACCAAAAUUGCACCACCACUAUAGCCACUUCCGUAGAAGCCACUACUGUAGCCGCCAUCAUGGCCUCCUCCGGCGCCGCUGUUAUACGGCGUCUUGCAGAGGAACCAAUCCUUAUCAGUGAUGAACGGCGGGAAUUCCGGAUCGAGUAUGCACGUUGGGUCGAAAGGCUCUGGUGGAUUUGCAUCACACUCUCCUGAAGUAGUUGUUUCUGGACCAGGUGUCGUUGUAACUGCAAGAAGUCGCAUUGAUUUGAGAAGUGCCCAGAACGGCAAGCUGACUCACUUAUUUCCGAAGUAGUGGUCUCCGGAGAGGUAGUUGUCUCAGCUUGAGAACUUUCAGAUGAUGGCGUCAAGGUAGUGUGCUCGGUCGAUGGGCUUUCUGGAGUUACUGUUGGCGGCGUCAAGGUAGUGUGCUCGGUCGAUGGGCUUUCUGGAGUUACUGUUGGCGGCGUCAAGGUAGUGUGCUCGGUCGAUGGGCUUUCUGGAGUUACUGUUGGCGGCGUCAAGGUAGUGUGCUCGGUCGAUGGGCUUCCUGGAGUUCCUGUUGGCGGCGUCAAGGUAGAGUGCUCAGUCGAUGGGCUUCCUGGAGUUCCCGUUGGCGGCGUCAAGGUAGUGUGCUCAGUCGAUGGGCUUCCUGGAGUUACUGUUGGCGGCGUCAAGGUAGAGUGCUCAGUCGAUGGGCUUCCUGGAGUUCCUGUUGGCGGCGUCAAGGUAGAGUGCUCAGUCGAUGGGCUUCCUGGAGUUCCUGUUGGCGGCGUCAAGGUAGAGUGCUCAGUCGAUGGGCUUCCUGGAGUUCCUGUUGGCGGCGUCAAGGUAGAGUGCUCAGUCGAUGGGCUUCCUGGAGUUCCCUGUUGGCGGCGUCAAGGUAGAGUGCUCAGUCGAUGGGCUUCCUGGAGUUCCUGUUGGCGGCGUCAAGGUAGUGUGCUCAGUCGAUGGGCUUCCUGGAGUUCCUGUUGGCGGCGUCAAGGUAGAGUGCUCAGUCGAUGGGCUUCCUGGAGUUCCCGUUGGCGGCGUCAAGGUAGAGUGCUCAGUCGAUGGGCUUCCUGGAGUUCCUGUUGGCGGCGUCAAGGUAGAGUGCUCGGUCGAUGGGCUUCCUGGAGUUCCCGUUGGCGGCGUCAAGGUAGUGUGCUCAGUCGAUGGGCUUCCUGGAGUUCCCGUUGGCGGCGUCAAGGUAGAGUGCUCAGUCGAUGGGCUUCCUGGAGUUCCCGUUGGCGGCGUCAAGGUAGAGUGCUCAGUCGAUGGGCUUCCUGGAGUUCCUGUUGGCGGCGUCAAGGUAGAGUGCUCAGUCGAUGGGCUUCCUGGAGUUCCCGUUGGCGGCGUCAAGGUAGAGUGCUCAGUCGAUGGGCUUCCUGGAGUUCCCGUUGGCGGCGUCAAGGUAGAGUGCUCAGUCGAUGGGCUUCCUGGAGUUCCCGUUGGCGGCGUCAAGGUAGAGUGCUCAGUCGAUGGGCUUCCUGGAGUUCCCGUUGGCGGCGUCAAGGUAGAGUGCUCAGUCGAUGGGCUUCCUGGAGUUCCCGUUGGCGGCGUCAAGGUAGAGUGCUCAGUCGAUGGGCUUCCUGGAGUUCCUGUUGGCGGCGUCAAGGUAGAGUGCUCAGUCGAUGGGCUUCCUGGAGUUCCCGUUGGCGGCGUCAAGGUAGAGUGCUCAGUCGAUGGGCUUCCUGGAGUUCCCGUUGGCGGCGUCAAGGUAGUGUGCUCAGUCGAUGGGCUUCCUGGAGUUCCUGUUGGCGGCGUCAAGGUAGAGUGCUCAGUCGAUGGGCUUCCUGGAGUUCCCGUUGGCGGCGUCAAGGUAGUGUGCUCAGUCGAUGGGCUUCCUGGAGUUCCUGUUGGCGGCGUCAAGGUAGAGUGCUCAGUCGAUGGGCUUCCUGGAGUUCCCGUUGGCGGCGUCAAGGUAGAGUGCUCAGUCGAUGGGCUUCCUGGAGUUCCCGUUGGCGGCGUCAAGGUAGUGUGCUCAGUCGAUGGGCUUCCUGGAGUUCCUGUUGGCGGCGUCAAGGUAGAGUGCUCAGUCGAUGGGCUUCCUGGAGUUCCCGUUGGCGGCGUCAAGGUAGUGUGCUCAGUCGAUGGGCUUCCUGGAGUUCCCGUUGGCGGCGUCAAGGUAGUGUGCUCAGUCGAUGGGCUUCCUGGAGUUCCCGUUGGCGGCGUCAAGGUAGUGUGCUCAGUCGAUGGGCUUCCUGGAGUUCCCGUUGGCGGCGUCAAGGUAGAGUGCUCAGUCGAUGGGCUUCCUGGAGUUCCCGUUGGCGGCGUCAAGGUAGAGUGCUCAGUCGAUGGGCUUCCUGGAGUUCCUGUUGGCGGCGUCAAGGUAGAGUGCUCAGUCGAUGGGCUUCCUGGAGUUCCCGUUGGCGGCGUCAAGGUAGAGUGCUCAGUCGAUGGGCUUCCUGGAGUUCCCGUUGGCGGCGUCAAGGUAGAGUGCUCAGUCGAUGGGCUUCCUGGAGUUCCCGUUGGCGGCGUCAAGGUAGAGUGCUCAGUCGAUGGGCUUCCUGGAGUUCCCGUUGGCGGCGUCAAGGUAGAGUGCUCAGUCGAUGGGCUUCCUGGAGUUCCCGUUGGCGGCGUCAAGGUAGAGUGCUCAGUCGAUGGGCUUCCUGGAGUUCCUGUUGGCGGCGUCAAGGUAGAGUGCUCAGUCGAUGGGCUUCCUGGAGUUCCUGUUGGCGGCGUCAAGGUAGAGUGCUCAGUCGAUGGGCUUCCUGGAGUUCCCGUUGGCGGCGUCAAGGUAGUGUGCUCAGUCGAUGGGCUUCCUGGAGUUCCUGUUGGCGGCGUCAAGGUAGAGUGCUCAGUCGAUGGGCUUCCUGGAGUUCCCGUUGGCGGCGUCAAGGUAGUGUGCUCAGUCGAUGGGCUUCCUGGAGUUCCUGUUGGCGGCGUCAAGGUAGAGUGCUCAGUCGAUGGGCUUCCUGGAGUUCCCGUUGGCGGCGUCAAGGUAGUGUGCUCAGUCGAUGGGCUUCCUGGAGUUCCUGUUGGCGGCGUCAAGGUAGAGUGCUCAGUCGAUGGGCUUCCUGGAGUUCCCGUUGGCGGCGUCAAGGUAGUGUGCUCAGUCGAUGGGCUUCCUGGAGUUCCUGUUGGCGGCGUCAAGGUAGAGUGCUCAGUCGAUGGGCUUCCUGGAGUUCCCUGUUGGCGGCGUCAAGGUAGUGUGCUCAGUCGAUGGGCUUCCUGGAGUUCCCUGUUGGCGGCGUCAAGGUAGAGUGCUCAGUCGAUGGGCUUCCUGGAGUUCCCGUUGGCGGCGUCAAGGUAGAGUGCUCAGUCGAUGGGCUUCCUGGAGUUCCCGUUGGCGGCGUCAAGGUAGUGUGCUCAGUCGAUGGGCUUCCUGGAGUUCCUGUUGGCGGCGUCAAGGUAGAGUGCUCAGUCGAUGGGCUUCCUGGAGUUCCCGUUGGCGGCGUCAAGGUAGUGUGCUCAGUCGAUGGGCUUCCUGGAGUUCCUGUUGGCGGCGUCAAGGUAGUGUGCUCAGUCGAUGGGCUUCCUGGAGUUCCUGUUGGCGGCGUCAAGGUAGUGUGCUCAGUCGAUGGGCUUCCUGGAGUUCCUGUUGGCGGCGUCAAGGUAGUGUGCUCAGUCGAUGGGCUUCCUGGAGUUCCCGUUGGCGGCGUCAAGGUAGUGUGCUCAGUCGAUGGGCUUCCUGGAGUUCCCGUUGGCGGCGUCAAUGUAGAGUGCUCAGUCGAUGGGCUUCCUGGAGUUCCCGUUGGCGGCGUCAAGGUAGAGUGCUCAGUCGAUGGGCUUCCUGGAGUUCCCGUUGGCGGCGUCAAGGUAGAGUGCUCAGUCGAUGGGCUUCCUGGAGUUCCCGUUGGCGGCGUCAAGGUAGAGUGCUCAGUCGAUGGGCUUCCUGGAGUUCCCGUUGGCGGCGUCAAGGUAGAGUGCUCAGUCGAUGGGCUUCCUGGAGUUCCCGUUGGCGGCGUCAAGGUAGAGUGCUCAGUCGAUGGGCUUCCUGGAGUUCCCGUUGGCGGCGUCAAGGUAGUGUGCUCAGUCGAUGGGCUUCCUGGAGUUCCUGUUGGCGGCGUCAAGGUAGAGUGCUCAGUCGAUGGGCUUCCUGGAGUUCCCGUUGGCGGCGUCAAGGUAGUGUGCUCAGUCGAUGGGCUUCCUGGAGUUCCUGUUGGCGGCGUCAAGGUAGUGUGCUCAGUCGAUGGGCUUCCUGGAGUUCCUGUUGGCGGCGUCAAGGUAGUGUGCUCAGUCGAUGGGCUUCCUGGAGUUCCCGUUGGCGGCGUCAAGGUAGUGUGCUCAGUCGAUGGGCUUCCUGGAGUUCCCGUUGGCGGCGUCAAGGUAGAGUGCUCAGUCGAUGGGCUUCCUGGAGUUCCCGUUGGCGGCGUCAAGGUAGAGUGCUCAGUCGAUGGGCUUCCUGGAGUUCCCGUUGGCGGCGUCAAGGUAGAGUGCUCAGUCGAUGGGCUUCCUGGAGUUCCCGUUGGCGGCGUCAAGGUAGAGUGCUCAGUCGAUGGGCUUCCUGGAGUUCCCGUUGGCGGCGUCAAUGUAGAGUGCUCAGUCGAUGGGCUUCCUGGAGUUCCCGUUGGCGGCGUCAAGGUAGAGUGCUCAGUCGAUGGGCUUCCUGGAGUUCCCGUUGGCGGCGUCAAGGUAGAGUGCUCAGUCGAUGGGCUUCCUGGAGUUCCCGUUGGCGGCGUCAAGGUAGAGUGCUCAGUCGAUGGGCUUCCUGGAGUUCCCUGUUGGCGGCGUCAAGGUAGAGUGCUCAGUCGAUGGGCUUCCUGGAGUUCCCGUUGGCGGCGUCAAGGUAGAGUGCUCAGUCGAUGGGCUUCCUGGAGUUCCCUGUUGGCGGCGUCAAGGUAGUGUGCUCAGUCGAUGGGCUUCCUGGAGUUCCUGUUGGCGGCGUCAAGGUAGUGUGCUCAGUCGAUGGGCUUCCUGGAGUUCCUGUUGGCGGCGUCAAGGUAGAGUGCUCAGUCGAUGGGCUUCCUGGAGUUCCCGUUGGCGGCGUCAAGGUAGAGCGCUCAGUCGAUGGGCUUCCUGGAGUUCCUGUUGGCGGCGUCAAGGUAGAGUGCUCAGUCGAUGGGCUUCCUGGAGUUCCUGUUGGCGGCGUCAAGGUAGUGUGCUCAGUCGAUGGGCUUCCUGGAGUUCCUGUUGGCGGCGUCAAGGUAGUGUGCUCAGUCGAUGGGCUUCCUGGAGUUCCUGUUGGCGGCGUCAAGGUAGUGUGCUCAGUCGAUGGGCUUCCUGGAGUUCCCUGUUGGCGGCGUCAAGGUAGUGUGCUCAGUCGAUGGGCUUCCUGGAGUUCCUGUUGGCGGCGUCAAGGUAGUGUGCUCAGUCGAUGGGCUUCCUGGAGUUCCCUGUUGGCGGCGUCAAGGUAGUGUGCUCAGUCGAUGGGCUUCCUGGAGUUCCCGUUGGCGGCGUCAAGGUAGUGUGCUCAGUCGAUGGGCUUCCUGGAGUUCCUGUUGGCGGCGUCAAGGUAGUGUGCUCAGUCGAUGGGCUUCCUGGAGUUCCCGUUGGCGGCGUCAAGGUAGUGUGCUCAGUCGAUGGGCUUCCUGGAGUUCCCGUUGGCGGCGUCAAUGUAGAGUGCUCAGUCGAUGGGCUUCCUGGAGUUCCCGUUGGCGGCGUCAAGGUAGAGUGCUCAGUCGAUGGGCUUCCUGGAGUUCCUGUUGGCGGCGUCAAGGUAGUGUGCUCAGUCGAUGGGCUUCCUGGAGUUCCCGUUGGCGGCGUCAAGGUAGUGUGCUCAGUCGAUGGGCUUCCUGGAGUUCCCUGUUGGCGGCGUCAAGGUAGUGUGCUCAGUCGAUGGGCUUCCUGGAGUUCCUGUUGGCGGCGUCAAGGUAGUGUGCUCAGUCGAUGGGCUUCCUGGAGUUCCCUGUUGGCGGCGUCAAGGUAGUGUGCUCAGUCGAUGGGCUUCCUGGAGUUCCUGUUGGCGGCGUCAAGGUAGUGUGCUCAGUCGAUGGGCUUCCUGGAGUUCCCGUUGGCGGCGUCAAGGUAGUGUGCUCAGUCGAUGGGCUUCCUGGAGUUCCCGUUGGCGGCGUCAAUGUAGAGUGCUCAGUCGAUGGGCUUCCUGGAGUUCCCGUUGGCGGCGUCAAGGUAGAGUGCUCAGUCGAUGGGCUUCCUGGAGUUCCUGUUGGCGGCGUCAAGGUAGAGUGCUCAGUCGAUGGGCUUCCUGGAGUUCCCGUUGGCGGCGUCAAGGUAGUGUGCUCAGUCGAUGGGCUUCCUGGAGUUCCCUGUUGGCGGCGUCAAGGUAGUGUGCUCAGUCGAUGGGCUUCCUGGAGUUCCCUGUUGGCGGCGUCAAGGUAGAGUGCUCAGUCGAUGGGCUUCCUGGAGUUCCCUGUUGGCGGCGUCAAGGUAGAGUGCUCAGUCGAUGGGCUUCCUGGAGUUCCCGUUGGCGGCGUCAAGGUAGAGUGCUCAGUCGAUGGGCUUCCUGGAGUUCCUGUUGGCGGCGUCAAGGUAGUGUGCUCAGUCGAUGGGCUUCCUGGAGUUCCUGUUGGCGGCGUCAAGGUAGUGUGCUCAGUCGAUGGGCUUCCUGGAGUUCCUGUUGGCGGCGUCAAGGUAGAGUGCUCAGUCGAUGGGCUUCCUGGAGUUCCCUGUUGGCGGCGUCAAGGUAGAGCGCUCAGUCGAUGGGCUUCCUGGAGUUCCUGUUGGCGGCGUCAAGGUAGAGUGCUCAGUCGAUGGGCUUCCUGGAGUUCCUGUUGGCGGCGUCAAGGUAGUGUGCUCAGUCGAUGGGCUUCCUGGAGUUCCUGUUGGCGGCGUCAAGGUAGUGUGCUCAGUCGAUGGGCUUCCUGGAGUUCCUGUUGGCGGCGUCAAGGUAGUGUGCUCAGUCGAUGGGCUUCCUGGAGUUCCCGUUGGCGGCGUCAAGGUAGUGUGCUCAGUCGAUGGGCUUCCUGGAGUUCCCUGUUGGCGGCGUCAAGGUAGUGUGCUCAGUCGAUGGGCUUCCUGGAGUUCCUGUUGGCGGCGUCAAGGUAGUGUGCUCAGUCGAUGGGCUUCCUGGAGUUCCCUGUUGGCGGCGUCAAGGUAGUGUGCUCAGUCGAUGGGCUUCCUGGAGUUCCCGUUGGCGGCGUCAAUGUAGAGUGCUCAGUCGAUGGGCUUCCUGGAGUUCCCGUUGGCGGCGUCAAGGUAGAGUGCUCAGUCGAUGGGCUUCCUGGAGUUCCUGUUGGCGGCGUCAAGGUAGUGUGCUCAGUCGAUGGGCUUCCUGGAGUUCCCGUUGGCGGCGUCAAGGUAGUGUGCUCAGUCGAUGGGCUUCCUGGAGUUCCCUGUUGGCGGCGUCAAGGUAGUGUGCUCAGUCGAUGGGCUUCCUGGAGUUCCUGUUGGCGGCGUCAAGGUAGUGUGCUCAGUCGAUGGGCUUCCUGGAGUUCCCGUUGGCGGCGUCAAGGUAGUGUGCUCAGUCGAUGGGCUUCCUGGAGUUCCUGUUGGCGGCGUCAAGGUAGUGUGCUCAGUCGAUGGGCUUCCUGGAGUUCCCGUUGGCGGCGUCAAGGUAGUGUGCUCAGUCGAUGGGCUUCCUGGAGUUCCCUGUUGGCGGCGUCAAUGUAGAGUGCUCAGUCGAUGGGCUUCCUGGAGUUCCCGUUGGCGGCGUCAAGGUAG